AUGGCUGUAUUCGUUUUCAUAGCACCAAUAAUUGAUCUUGGUGGAGCUGAUGAAUUGGUAGGUAUGUUGCGAGAGGAUCGAACUAUAGUUAGCAUCGUACCUGAGCUGAAUGUGGUUUCUGACACUGGUCCGAUCUGUCAUUAUGAACUUUCGAAUGAUUCGAUUGACAUUAUACCGUUUGUGGCUGAAAUAACUGACGAAAAACGAGGACGAGGCGAAAUUCGUGUUAAGGAAGGUGUUCAUCUUGACUGUAGUACUCCCCAAUUCCACUUGAACUUGGUUGCAAUUCGCUGUAGCGAUGAAGUUCGGUCUGAAAGUGUUCCGCUUAGAAUAUCAAUUCGCGACACGAAUGACCAUAUACCCGAAUUCGCUCAACCAUGGUUCACCUUCGAUAUUGAUGAAGGAAAGAUUUAUACGGAAAUAGCACGAUUACAAGCGACUGAUAAGGACUGUGGCCAUCCAUAUGGUCAAAUAUGUCGUUACGAAAUAACUAAUUCAUUGGAUGGCUUUCCAUUUGCAAUCGAUGAUCAAGGCGUUUUGCGAAAUACGGAACCACUAAAUUACACUCAAGCAAAAUCCUAUAUUCUUACUGUUGUUGCGCAUGAUUGCGGAAUGCGACAGUCGAAAUCCACUCUUGUCACUGUGAAUGUGCGCGAAGCUUGUGUUGCCACUAUUCUGAAUGUUGAAGACCGCAUAUCGUACUUUCCAGGCUCAGGUGACAAAGCGAUUGUACCUGAAGCUAAUAUUGUGACAUGUGCUGCAUCGAAUUCUUGCACUGUGAAAAGCGUGGAAAGUAUUAUAACUCUGAAAAGUCGGCAUAUAUAUCAAGGGUGUGAUCGCGAUGAUAUUUUUUCGUCUGUUACCCAAUCAAGAUGUGGCAUUAAUCCGGAAACAAUUUCUCUUCUUCCGGUUGUGAAAGAAGCUGAUAAAGAAAAAAGUAAUCUUGGUGAUAAAUAUGCUUUUGAUGGUAAAAUGAAUGCAAUUAUCAUUCCUCCAUCGUUGGUUAAAUCGCUCAUUCCACAAAAAUUCACGUUAUCAUUUUCAAUAAAACAUUCAAAGGGUUCUAAAGCGGAGCAAAGCAUGAAACAGAAUAUUAUCUGCGAGAGUGAUCAAUUGAAUAUGAAUCGGCACCAUUUUGCGGUAUAUAUUCGCCACUGCAAAUUGGAAAUGUUAAUGCGUCGUGAGAGUGAUGCUGAAGCGGCCUUUCGUGCCGCCGAAUGGCGUUGGAACUUGCCGGAAGUUUGUGAUUCGCAAUGGCACACUUAUUCGAUUUUGUUUGCUUCAGUUGAUCAGGUGGAUUUGUAUGUUGAUGGCAAAAAAUUUCUGGCAACUGAUGAAAAUCCAGAAAUCCUCGAUGAUUGGCCUCUUCAUCGUACGAAACAAACGAAAACUCGUUUGGUUAUUGGUGCUUGCUGGCAUGGAAGAAGCCAAUCUAUGGCCCAGUUUUUCAAAGGACAUAUAGCAUCUAUGCUUUUUCUUUCUAACAAAGUCGAACAGCCUCAGGCUGUUCUUUGCGCACAUCAAUGUAAGGAACAACUUCAAUUCACAGCUAUCGAUCAACUGGUUCCCGGCGAAGAAGCAAUAUUCGAUAAAGAAUCAUCAGUUCUAACUUUAAAGGCGAAUACGGCAGAAGAUUUAUCGUUGUUACUUCAAAAAGUUUCUUAUAUCAAUAUGAUGCAGUCACCAACACCAGGUCAUCGUGGUUUUCAGAUUAAGACAACGAUCAACUGUGCAAGUGGCAAAUCAUAUUCGUUAAACCCAACAAAAGGAUAUAUUUUUGUUCAAAAAGAAAUUGAUCCAGUGCUUUCUAUUAGCGGUAUGCCUAUUGUCAAAAGUGACCAGCAGAGCGUAAAAACUGGCGCUCGUAUGUUACCAGAUAUUAAAAUUACUGUUACGCAGAACUUUAACGGUGAAGAACAAGAAAAAACGAGCGAAGCGAUGUUAGAUUGGUGCAAAGUGCAUUUAAAACCAUCGCGUGAUAUGGAACUGGAAUAUUUCUCAUCAUCCGCAACACUUAUCGCUGAUUCGCAUAUUGAUUUUGAACAUGACAAGCAGGGAAUUUUCUUAAAAGGCAAAGAAAAAGCAACAGUGUACCGUGAUAUACUCUCCAGAAUCCAUUAUUUUAAUAUUCGCGCUGAUUCAUUUGACAAGCGUAUUUAUAGUGUUCAGUGUGCAAUGAAUGGUGGUAAAAUUUCUAGUAAUGAAUUUCUUAUCACGAUGAUCAUUGAAGCACCAACCCACAACAAUAUCGCUAAUGCUAAUGCUGCAAGUGGAGCUGAGCAUGAUGCUGAGCCAGGCCUCGAACAAAUAAACAACAAUCGCUUGCAAAAUAUACUCGAGAUGGAUCUUCCACGACCAAAUGCACUCAUAUCUCGCCAUGGACAUGCUGCUAGUCAAGGCGUUCUUGCAGCAAUUGCAAUGAUUGUUAUUGUCUGUGUUGGCUUUUUGCUUGUACUAUUGGUUAUUGGAGUAUUGAGAAUGCAAGAUUCGCCGCUUCCCCGACGCCGGAAAAACAGGAAAAAUCCGGAAAAUAGUAUGGAGUGGGAUAACAGUGGAAUGAAUAUCACUAUUAAUCCACUCGAACAAGUUGAAAAAAAUGCAGCAGAUUACUUUGAUGAAGAAAGUUCUGAUGAUGGUGAAAGCUAUCGAGAAGAAGGACUUACCGAUGAUGAUGAUGAUGUUGAAAUGGCUCUACCACACGUUCAAAAUGGUAGGUUAAUCUAUUAG